AUGAUCCGACUGCCACGUUAUACCAAAGCCGCGGGUGAUCAGGGCUCCCAAGUUACCCUGACCUGUUUUAUUCGAACGGAACCUGGACCGAAAGUUGGCUGGCUAAAAGACGGUCAGAUCAUCCAGUUGCCCGAAGGACAACCGCAUCCGAAGUACCAAGUCGGUCUGAUUCAUGUUCGUCCGGGAUUAUACAGGGCCACGCUCGUUUUGAACAAUGUACAGAAGACCGAUUUUGGCAAAUAUCAGUGUCAAGCUGUGAAUUUACAAGGUGAGGCCACAUUGGAUAUCCAAAUGUCCGGCACAUCGACACCGGAUGUGCCACUCAAUCUACGUCUACUAAACGCCACCAUGAACACUUUGAGAGUGGCUUGGACUCAGGGAUUUGACGGUGGACUUUCACAAACAUUCCAGGUACGCUGGCGACAAGUAGAGGCCGGAAGCAUGUAUCGAUAUGCCGACGUGGCUGCUAACGACAAUCAUAACGCGGUGGAAUAUCUGAUAACCGGAGCCCAAGUUCACUAA